UUUAAACAAAGUUUCUAUCCCAAAAUGGAAGAAAAGCUUCCUCCAGGUUUCAGGUUCCAUCCCACAGAUGAAGAACUCAUCACUUUUUAUCUCACUAACAAAGUUUCUGAUUUCAGUUUCACUGCUAGAGCUAUUGCUGAUGUUGAUCUCAACAAAUGCGAGCCUUGGGAUCUCCCUGCUAAAGCUUCAAUGGGAGAAAAGGAAUGGUAUUUCUUUAGUCUUAAAGAUCGGAAGUACCCCACUGGCCUUCGCACAAACAGAGCUACAGAAGCUGGCUACUGGAAAACGACAGGCAAAGACAAGGAGAUUUUUCGUGGAGGAGUUCUUGUUGGGAUGAAGAAAACCCUAGUUUUCUAUAGAGGAAGAGCUCCUAAGGGUGAGAAAACCAAUUGGGUUAUACAUGAAUAUAGACUUGAAACAAGACUUGGUUUCAAACCUUCUAAGGAGGAAUGGGUAGUAUGUAGGGUGUUCCAAAAGAGCUCAACUGUGAAGAAACCACAGCCAACAUCAUCUUCCCCACAAUCCCUAGAGUCUCCUAAUUGUGACACUAACACAAUAAUUACAAAUGAGCUUGGAGAUAUUGAGUUACCAAUUAAUUACAACUGCCUAGCCACUCCGUCAAUUGGGAUGAUCAGCAAUAAUAUUUCCUUGCACAAUUACAACAAUGAGAACAUGAAUAUGAACUUGAACAUGAACUUGGCUUCUAGCUUGUUAAACAGCUCUAAUCUUUCAUCAGUAAAUUCUUUGCUUUUUAGGGCAUUACAGUUAAGGGGAUAUCAACCAAGAGAAGCUACAACUACUACUAAUGAUUACUCAUUUAUGCCACCUAUACAAGGGAAUAUUUCUCAGUUUGCAAACGAUAAUCAUUUUAGUUCUAAUUUUGUUGCUAAUAUUGGGGCAAUACCUUCUUCAUCUAUGGUAUUUGAUAAUUCUGUCCAGCAGCAACAGACACAGGAGCAACCUUACAAAUUGGACUCCAAUAUUUGGUGAAGAGCAGAGGAACGUAACUACGUACGUACGUUAGUCUUUAGUAGUCACAACUAACUACAGCUUUGUAAAGGGAAGGAGUUGGAACCAACCAAGACUAUUUGAUGGAAUUAAUGCUUUUAGAUAUAUUUACUGUAUAUGUUGCAGCAAUUCCAUAUGGAAAAAGUGUAUAAGACAUAAAUAAGCCCAAAAACGUGGUAAAUUUAUGUUCA